GUUCGUUUCGGUCUUGUCCCAAAUGGCGCGACUGAUACCCCUCCUCCUGGGGGCGAGUCUGCUCGCCCCGGGGGUGCCCGAAAUGGUCUUCAAGAGGGAGUGCCACGAAGUCGAGGGCGACUUCUACCAGUUCUCCGCCAAGACACUGAACGGCUCGACCGUCAGCUUCGACGAGUAUCGAGGCAAAGUAGUAUUGGUGUACAACGUAGCCACCUACUGAGGAUUAACCAUAUCCUCCUACAAUCAAAUAAAUGCACUUGCCGAUUUCUUCGUCGGCCAAGAUCUCGUCAUCCUGGGAUUCCCUUGCAACCAAUUUGGUCUGCAAGAACCUGGCGUUGGUGAGGCGGAGAUCAUGAACGGCAUCCGCCACGUCCGACCUGGUAACGGGUUCGAACCCGAAAUGACCUUUUUCGAGAAGACCCAGGUCAACGGGGACAAGGAGAGUGAGAUAUUCACCUUUUUGAAGAGUGCCUGUCAGUACACAGACAGCACCUUCUCUUCCGGCCUGAACUACUCUCCCCUGGAAGUGGGCGACGUCCACUGGAACUUCGAGAAGUUCCUGAUUGACAAGAGCGGAAAGCCCUUCGCCCGAUACCACCCGACCCUCAUCACGAAAGACCCGAUUAAGACCGAUAUCAUUAAUCUGUUGGCCGCAUAGGCCUAGACUGUGAGCCCAAGAACUUGAGUGUGGCUCUCAUUCUUGCCCGCUGCGAUCUCCUUGCUAUAAUGGCGUUCGUCUCCUCCCUCCCUAUGACGACGCAGCCGUAAACCUGAGGAGGGCUGUGUCUGAAGGCAAGGGAACAAAAUCAGCCGCGGUUUAUUUGUGCAUUUUAACCAGGCUGGCAGUUCUCUCUGCGAGGUGACUGAUGCUCGAUAAUAAGGAGAUCUUGGUGGGUGUAUCUUCGCUUUUAAGAUGAAAUAUACAGAAAACUCG